UCAAAUAACUGUCAUAAGUCAUUCUCGAACAAUAUUUUCAAGCCAAUAGUUUUUAAUUUACGAUUUUUUACGAGAUUUAAUUCAAAAUGGAUAAAAACAAAACCAUGGGACCGCCGAGAAAUCUAAAAACGAAACGAAUUUCCACAACCAGUGUGCCUUCUACGUCCCGAAAAUUGCCGCCUAAAGAUACGAAAGCUCGACCAAAAGUGAAUUUAAACUCCACCAAAAUAAGCGAAGGCGACGUGACUAUGUGCAAAAGUGAUUCUCCGUUACCUGAUUUCGAGAAUAUGCUAUUAAUUAAUAAUCAGUUUGCGUAUGGGCAGUUUUUACGGGCUAUGGUCGAAGAUUGUCUGGUGGAUGAAAAGAUUGUAAGAGAGGAAACUCAAAUGGAUAUUCAGAUGGGCCAAUUGGCUGAUAGGUUUAAUAAAACGAUCGAACAACUUGAUAAAACUAAUAGAAGAUUGAAGGAUAUAUCUUUCGUUGUUGAACAGAAGAGGCUGCUAGAUCUAAAGAACCAAGACUGCGCAAAGUUCUACGAAACAACGGAAAAUUCAAACAUAACAGAUACGUUGCAGAAACUCUCUAUAACAGAGCAAGCCUGUCUCGACAAAUUGGAAGUUAAAAACAUAGAUUUUGGCUAUGAUAAAGAAUCGGGCCAUAAACAACUGCUAGAUGCAGUCAAUGACGCUAUACAAGGCUUGGAACAGAUAAAGAAACAUUCCAAUUUGGACAUAGACAAGUUUAACCAGUAUGAACUGUCACAGAAAACCAUAGACAACUUGGAAAAAGAUAGAUUUGAUCUCGACAGUCUAAAAAUGGAAUUUGAAGAUAAAUUUCCCGGUUUUAGUGAGAAAUUGAUCAAGGAAGUGUCAGAGAAAAUUGAGUUGAUGAUGGGUGAUAAUGAAUAGAUGUUUGUUUAUUAAAUAUUAUUUUGUAUA